UGUAAAAGUCAAACAUUGCAAUGUUUCGCAUGAAAGAAAAAUGAUGAUUAUUUAUGACGUGCAUUUUGUUGGAUAUGCAAAUAUCAUAGCAAUCGUCGCAACUGAUUAAAACAAAACAAAACACCGAAAUAUGAAAAUAUUCACACGACAGUAUUUGUGUAAAUUUUUUUUAAAUUGUCAUUAAUGUACAGAGACGCGUAAAUCGUUUUUUUCUUUAAAUUCAAAUUCUACCAUUACUAGGGGGCCGAAAUUCAUCAAAAUGAAUAGACGGGUGAUAAACAUUCAUCUUAUAAAGCGUGGUUUAAGAAGCAUCACCACAAUCGCGCAUGAUAAAGUGAUAUCUUUCCAGGAAGAGGAGAAAUAUGAGCAGAAAAGUUGCCGUGUGGCUGUGCUUGGUGCCCAGAGCACAACCGGCAAGGCUCUGGCAUUGCUCCUCAAACAAAAUCCACUAAUAUCGCAGGUAUACCUGCAUGACUUCGAGAGUACGAUUGGUCUUGCUGCUGAUUUGAACCACCUGGAUACACAAACCAUUGUGUUUGGUUUUACUAGGCAGGAUCUUCUAUGCGCGCUGAGGAAUGCUGACAUAAUAGUCAUGUUGGGUUUGGAGACGAUCAAAGCCGACUCUCCGUUUGAUCAAAAACUAAGCACCGAGGGCAAACGUAUAGUUGAAUAUGCGACCGCUGCUGCUCUACAUGCUCCCAAGGCGAUCUUCGUGGACUGUGUUGUCCCAGUGUCCAUCACCCUACCAAUUAUCUCCGAGGUAUACAGGCGCAAUCAUUGGUACCACCCCGGAAAGAUCGUGGGUUCUGUCUCGCAAUUACAAAUGCGUUUGAAUUCAAUGUUGGCGCUUCAUCAAAGCCUCGACCCUGCCUGCGUGCACGUCCCAUUAUUGGGCGGCCCCGAAGAGGAUAUUGUGCUGCCACUCUUUUCGCGCGCGGCACCACAGCCCAUGGGUGUGUCCGAAUCGCACUGCAUGAUCAACCGCUUCCGGAAGGUGGACACCGACGCAUCCCCCUACGUCACUUCGGACGUGAAGCACGAGUACGCACCGCACGGUAACGCGUAUGCCAUCAAUCGAUUACUGUCAACCAUCGCCCUGGGUUUAAUGGGAGAUUCAAAAGCCAUUUCGACUGCGUUUGUUCGCACCAACCUGGUUGGAGCAUGCAGACAUUUGGUAACGACAGUAUUGUUUGGGACGCAAGGCAUAACGUACAAUUAUGGCGUGCCUAGACUGACACAAUUUGAGCUACAACUUUUCGAGAGAAUAACGUUAGAGCUGAACAAUCGUGAGGAGAUGGCCAAGGGUUUCCUGGAAGCGAUAUCUGGAGAUGAGCAGUUGCUGAAGAGUCAAGCGGCGGCAACGGAAGCGCUCUACUUCCCAGCGACUGUAUCGUUCUGCGCGCCGGACGACACUAUCAUUUACGAGACGUAAUUCGCCGCUCCACUGACCACUCGACACAAGCUAUCACUAGCGCUCUGACGCAUUUAUGAAAACUCAAAUUCUAAAUUACCAAGUUUGCUGUAUUUGUUCCGACAUGCCCUUUCGGUGUACUAAUAAACAAUGACAAUCAUACGCAAUUUGCAAAAUAUUUCGAUUGCUAUUUUGUUUUGUAAACUAAACGCAAUAGAGAGGAAUGAAUUAAAUAUAUUUAAUCAACGGAAAA